GACACGAUCUCUGACACCGGCUCUGACGCCGCUCAGUUUGGGACGUGGACGCUGUUUGUCAGUUACACUGCAUUGUAUUGUAUGACGUAAGUAUGAUUAUUUAACACCUGUCUGGAUAUUAUGGGAUGUAAUCACACGGACGCGUCUGAGAGCUGCUAGCUAACUUACCUCGCUAGUGAUGUGUGUGACAGCCGCACUGGACUCUGCAGCGCAGUGACAUUUAUAUAAACGUCUUAUUUAAAAGACCGGAAAUACAUCCCUUCAAAAUAAAACAUGUCACACGUCACAGUAGCUGUGAGCUGCACAGCGUUGUUUGUCCUACUGGACCUGGUCGUCACCACCGUCCUAUACACACACGGAUCACACUUGAGCGUCUUCAAAAAGGAGGCGCUGAACUUCAACAUCCUCCAGUCAGCGCUGGACCUCUGGUGGGCCGUGCUGCUCCGAGCCGCCCUGCUGCUGGCGGCCUGCACAGGGGUGUCGUGGAAUCGAGAAGAAGGCCCACCGCGGGUCGCUAAACUCACCACCCUCAUUCUCCUCAUCUGCCUCGUCGUCUUCACCUACGCCCUGGCUAAGAUGCUGAUGCUGAGCGAGCAGGCGCCUCUGACCCAGCAGCCCUGGCUCCUGAGCCUCAUAUGUUGGACCUGCGCCUCCUCGCUGGGUGUCGUGCUGCUCUGGAGUCUGCUGGGGAAGGAGGACUUGACAAGCAGUACAAACAGCAGCAGGAGUGGAGGAGGAGAUUCUGAGGACACUGAAAAGCUGGUGGGGACAGCUGGUGAGGAGGAGCAGGAGGUGGGCUGUGAGAGGAGGAAGAAGAAGAAGGAGGAGGAGGAGGAGAAGAAGAGUAACUCUAGAGCGACACUGGGACGUCUGCUGAGCUACUGCAGAAAAGAUGGCCGACUGCUGUCUGUCGCCUCCCUCUUCCUCCUCAUUUCUGCUGUGUGUGAGGCCUUCAUACCGUACUACUAUGGGAAAGCGAUAGACAGCAUUGUGGUUCACCAGAGCAUGGAGUACUUCACUAAGCCUCUGAUCACACUGACAGUUCUGGCAUUAGCCAGUUCACUUGCAAUGGGAGUGCGUGGAGGAGUCUUCACCCUGACGUUUGCGAAGCUGAACCUCCGGCUCAGGAACCAUCUCUUCAGGACGCUGAUGAGGCAGGAAAUUGCCUUUUUUGAUGAAAACCAUACAGGCGACAUCAUCUCCCGCCUGUCGGCCGACACCACCCAGGUGUGCGACCUCAUCUCCCAGAACAUCAACGUCUUCCUGCGGAGCAUGGUGAAGGGCAUCGGCUUCUUCAUCUUCAUGUUCGGGUUGUCCUGGAAGCUCACGCUGGUGACCAUCAUGGGGUUCCCCUUCAUCGCAGUCGUCUCUAAACUUUAUGGCGAUUACUACAAGAAACUGAGCAAAGAGGUGCAAACGACUCUUGCAGAGGCCAAUAAAGUCGCAGAGGAAACCAUCUCGUCCAUGCGGACGGUCCGCAGCUUUGCUAACGAGGGCGGGGAGGGCGACUCUUACCUCAGCAAGCUCCUCGUCAUGUUCCAGCUCAACAAAAAGCAAGCGCUGGCCUACGCUGGCUACAUGUGGUCAAGCUGUAUCUCAGAGCUUGCUCUAGAGGUUGCGGUCCUCUACUAUGGCGGCCACCUUGUCGUCACCGGGCAGAUGAGCAGCAGUGCCUUGAUAUCUUAUUUCAUUUACGUGCUGGAAGUGGGAGAAUGUCUGGAGAGCAUUUCUUCGGUGUACACGGGGCUCAUGCAGGGAGUGGGGGCGGCGGAGAAGGUUUUCGAGUACCUGGACAGGGAACCCAAACAUCCAGCUGACGGCACGGAGGCUCCCGACACGUGCGGCGGUCUGGUGGAGUUUAAAGACGUCACGUUUGCCUACCCGACACGCCCCGACAUCGAUAUCCUGAAGGGCGUGUCGUUCACCCUGCGGCCCGGGCAGGUGACCGCCAUCGUGGGACCUUCAGGCAGCGGAAAGAGCUCCUGCGUGAGUCUGCUGGAGAACUUCUACAUUCCUCAGCAAGGCCAAGUGCUGCUGGAUGGAAAGCCCGUCCACACCUUCCAGCACGACUACCUCCACUCCAAGAUCGGUCUCGUAGGGCAGGAGCCUGUGCUGUUCGCCCGGACGGUCGAGGAGAACAUCACCUACGGUCUGAGCGAUGUCCCCAUGGAGGCUGUGGUGCAGGCUGCCACCAAGGCUAACGCUCACGACUUCAUCUCCAGCCUCCCGACGGGCUACAAGACAAAUGUUGGAGAGAAAGGCACCCAGCUGUCGGGGGGGCAGAAACAAAGAGUGGCCAUCGCAAGAGCUCUCAUCCGCAACCCUCGUGUUCUCAUCCUGGACGAGGCGACCAGCGCCCUGGAUGCAGAGAGUGAACACAUCGUGCAGAAGGCUCUGAACAACAUCAUGCAGGAGCACACGGUGCUGGUCAUCGCACAUCGGCUCAGCACGGUGGAGAAGGCACACAACAUCCUUGUGAUCGACAGGGGCCAUGUGGCCGAACAGGGGUCCCACAGUCAGCUGAUGGCCAGCGAGGGGCUUUACUACAAGCUGGUGCAGAGGCAGGUCCUGGGCAUCGAGACGGGGGCGGAGGUCCUCAACCCCUCCCAAGAACUCAGCUGGAAGUCUGACGGUGGAAGGCGGCGGAGGAGGCAGACCAGCUGCAGCAGCGGCGGCAGUGAGUCGGAGCGCAACGUGCGCUACUGAGAAUAAAGUGCAGGGAGUGGACGUGAGAGUGGACGUGAGAGUGGACGUGGGAGUGGACGUGGGAGUGGACGUGAGAGUGGACGUGAGAGUGGACGUGGGAGUGGACGUGGGAG